GAGUAUAGUAUACCAAGAACAUAUCAACCUAAUCCAGACAAUUGGAGAACAGUUAUAUUAUCUUUGUGUACAGUAACAGCAAAUUCGUCGAAGGUAUGAUUUGUGUUAUGAGAAAACACCGGUGUCAUUAUAUAAGUACCGCGCUCAGUGAAACGUGGAUAUUAUGAAUGUGAGUUAAGUGUCGUCCCAGAUUAAUCAGUAAUUUGCAUUACUUAGAAGCUGUGUUUUAAACUCAUGUUUGACAUUUUCGUUUUCAUAUUUCCCGCCGCAAAGCGGAACGGUAAAGGGGGUGGUGGUUUAUAGGAAUGCCCUUCGUCCGUCAAUCCGUUACUCUCGUUUUACAAAUGGCAGAAGGAGGCGUCGGAUGUACAGAGUCAGAGUCUGGAUACAGCAGCCUGUACAGUCGUCACUCUCGGAAUCAUCUUGAAAACGUGUCCAUGGAGAUCUGUACUAUAAUGACCCGGUUGGGUUACGGCGAGAUGAUGAGACGGUGGCGCGUUGAGAAGUACAGGGAGUUUGAUAGGCUGAUGAAUGCACGAUCUUUGAAUAAACAAAAAAACGGAGAACAAAUCACAGCUGGGAGCAAGGCAGAGGGACUGACCUGCUUUUUGGAAAGCGACUGGGACAUGUUAUUUGUGCUGACGAAAUACCUCUGUGUUGAAGCUGAUAUCAAUCUGCUCACUAUUUCAUACGACAUAGAUGUGUUUAGGAUGGAUACGAUGGAUACAUGUGUAUAUCCAGGGCACUGCAGACUGUUACAAGAGAGACCAGCUGCUCACGCACGUUAUGAUAUAAUUACCAAGGCUCUGUGUGAUAAUGGCAAUGGGGGCGUUCUAUUAAGUAGUAGCUUAUUGCUAGAUGAAUAUUCGGAAAGUAAUGCGUAUGAGGGACAUCAUGAACGAGCAGGGCCGUCGAUGCCUGAAACAAUUAGAGGCGUACUUCAUUUUGACAGAGUAAUCGCACUGCGUUGUUACUGCCCCAGCAUCCUACAGAGAUGGGCUGACAGACGACGUAAUUGGCCAUCACCAACUAUAGUUCAGAAAGUAGUAUCAUUAGGAGCCUUUGUUACUCCGGUAGGGUUUAAGGGAAGCGAUUGCAAGCACAUGGAGUGGAGGAUUUGUUUCAACACCGGCGAGGCAGAACUUGUAAACAACCUUAACGACACACAAGCAAAAGUAUAUGUCAUUCUUAAAAUGAUCCUCAGAGAUAUAAUAAAACCAAAUAAUAAAGAAAUAACAUCGUACGUGUUGAAAAACAUCAUAUUAUGGCAAGCUGAAAAUACUCCACAGACAGAGUUUCAUUCACGCAGCUUACUUUACUGGUUGCAUGACGGACUGAAAAAACUUAGGACUGCUAUUGAGAAAAAACGACUUUGCUAUUACAUGAUUCCGGAAAGAAAUCUUAUGGAAGCCUGUGGUAUGCAUGAUUACCAGCAACAUAAAUGGGUAGCAGAUAUCACGGACAUGCUAGAGGAAGGGCCCAAUGUAAUCUUGAGACUGGGGAAGAUAAGAAAGGCGAUUGUCGCGUCCCCAGAGCCGAUGAUGUGGUUCAGCAAGAAAAGGAUGGAGAUAGAGAUGCUGGUGCUGGAGUACAAGAACCGAUGCGUGGAAAUUAGAGAGAAGACUGAGGAGGUGGAUUACUCGGAUUCCAUCCUGGAGAAGAUAGUCAGCCGCCAGGUCGAUCUAUUGAUACAGGUUGCGCAACGAAUGUUCUUAACAGUCAGUUCUGCUAAUCAACUGAUUGAUAUUCACGACAGAAUGCUUAUGUGAUAAUGAAUCAAAUCGAUUAUUUCGCGCGUGUAUCAGGGCUACGUGCACGAUAAUUUAGUUGUUUAGGUAAACUGUUUAAUAUAAAGACUUGGUACUUGACAAUCUGUAUGUAUGAAAACAAUAAUCUCGUGCAAAGCUAUAGAUGAUAAGUCUUGUAUUGUAUACUUAAGGUUAUGCAGAUGGCCGUACUGAAAACAGUUUGUUAAGAUAUACAGCAGGAAUAGUGUUUGGAUAAAUAUCUAUUUAUUUUGCAACCUUAAAAUAACCAUGUUAUUUUAGAAAAGACAUCAACUAGUUUUGACAAUCAAAAUGUGCAGCAUGUAAAAUGUUACCACACAAAAUAAGCUCGACAUUGUUUCCGGAUGAACCAACUGAUAAACCCAGUGUGAUCGCUGUAUAAAACAUUCUUACAACAAGCACUUAGGUAUCCUUAUAAUAAUGUGUCUAUGACCUUUCAUUCGAUUUAGUAAUGUUCUGACAACAUCACCGGUAUGGCCCCGAGGGCGCUGACUUCAGACGCCACAUAAUGUAACUGUUAAUAGCAGGUAUUUAUAACAAUGUUACACAAUAGACUUAUGAGGAAAACUGUCCUAAUACCUCGCAGCCAUGUUUUUAGACAAACGACAGUCAUUUUCGAACUCAGCCGAAAUGUAAUACUAACUCAAUUACUUUAAUGUUGUGAGCAACUAUCGUUAUGCAUGGGUCGACAUUGUGAUUUGUAGAGGGUUAACCCUUGGCACAUAAGAAAACUUCACCCCUUAAUUGCAGACAUGUUUUAAAAUUGGCAGGAACCAUAUCACACUCAGUAGACAUAUCAUUAGAUUAGAAGUAACGCACCUUUACAUCUGAAAUAUGCAAAUUUUGUCAUUUUAGCAAUAAAUAUGACAUUAAUAUUUGAGCUACAGACACAUGGUUUCCCCAUAACACGCCGCCUUUAAAAAGUCGCAUUUGAACUGAGAAAAUAAAAAAGUGGAUCCCCGCGUCGAAAUUCCAAAUUAAACCUUAUAGGAGAAGGAACAUCGAUGGUAUCGAAUAGUUUGUACUUUAUUGAGUUAAACGUAAGUUAUGUGCAACCCAUGAGGAGCGGUCAUGUUUCAUUAUAAAGUAUACAAUUUGUUAAUAUUUUGAAGUAAUAUGUGUAAACAGAAAUAACACGUACCUUGUAACAUUAACUUCUGUAAAGCUUCAAUAUUGUCACAUUUAGUACCUCUUUUACUCUUGCCUUUACAGUAUACUGAAUAUAACAUUCAAUUUUAUGUUUAUUUAUAAUGAUAAUGUCUUCUUUUUCUAAGACAUUGUUUUUUUUUAUUCAAGAAAAUCGUUUUAAAUAAUCAUAGCAGAUAUAAAUUCACACAUUAAUAAAUAUACCGAUAUAUCCGUCAUAUAAAGCAUCUGUAACGUUUGAUUAAGAAGUACGUGUAAAAGGUAAACUGUGAAAUCGCUAUAAUUCUCUUUUAAAGAAGGUUAAGUAUUAACAUAUGAAGUACACUUUUGAUUUAACUUUUAUUCUUAGCUGGAUUUAUGUUAGUUUUAUAAACCAAAUUAAUUAGUUGAAGAUUAUUAUCAUUAUUAUAAUUAAUAUUUUUAAAUUUUAUUUUUGAAUGUUCAUAUAUUAUUUUUCUUUACUUGUUUUCUCGUAAAAUAAUAACAUUCAUAGAUAAACUUAUUUAAGAUAGAUUUGGUGGUAAUCUUGCAUUGUGUUUAUGUUGGCUACAUUACAAAUAAAAUAACAGUUUGAUAGAUUUUAGUUACACUUUGUUAUAAAUGUUAAAUGUUUUAUCUUAAAGUGUUACCUGGAGAAAAUAAAGAUAUUAUUACUAGUAAAA